CAGAACCAGGAAAUUGUGCGCCACACAAACAAGCAGAGACAUCAGGAGCGAUAUCUUGGGAAUUAAUUGCGGUGGAGAUUGCCUGUUCAUUCUGGAGCAAUGGCGUCUGGCUCGCCGAUGAUGAACGGGGACAUACCUCAUCCCCGCGGGUCGCCCGGCGCUGGGGCAUCUAACGUCGGCAGCCUAGAGGAGACGCUUCAGCAAAUGAAUAUUCUCAUAAGAGAGAACAGGGAACUUAAAGAGGCACUGAAGCAGACAAACUUAACCAUGAAAGAGAGGUUUGAAGAGCUGUCUGUGUGGAAGGAGAAACAAAAGAAAGAAAGAGACUUAUUGGAGGAACGACUGGAGGAUGCCAAACAGAGGGUGCAUUCCCUGGAUGCUGAGAAUGAGGCAUUGAAAAAACAAGUGCAGGAGCUGGAGAGAGCCAGUGGAAGACUGGAGCAGGGUGAGCUUGAGGCCUUAAAGAGUCAGAUAGCCCGUCUACAGGCUGAGAAGAAUGACCUGGUAGCCAUGAACUCUGAACUCCAGCUGAGGAUGGGUCAAGAGUCACCUGAGGAUUCCUUCAUAGAGAUCCGAAUUGCAGAGGGUGAGAUGAAAGUAACCAAAGAUUUGCCCAGCACUAAUAAAGAAUCCAGCAUGAUUAAGAGUGACAUGUAUUCAUCUCGGAUGGAGUCGCAGGAACUGACUCUGAGUCAGUUGCUCCAGUCGCUGAGGAAGGAGACUGAACGUGGGGAGAGACUGCAACAUGACCUCCAGGCUGCACAGCACAGAAUUUGGGAGCUGGAGCAGAGAGUUGCAAACAUGGACAGUACCACGCAGACGUCCCUGCCUCCUCAGCCCAGAGAACAGCAACUUGAAGUGGACACACACAGCAAAACCACCCAGGAGGAUGCUGCCAAGUCUGCUUCUGAGGUGGAGAACCUGAAGGCUCAGAUGAGAAGUCUGUGUAAAGAACUGCAGCAGGCUCAGAGUAAGCUAGAUGAGGCUGAGAACAUGAAGAGAAACCUGCAGGACAGGUGUAGAGAUAUGGAGCAGGAUUUGGGGACACUGAAGACGCAGCUAGGAGAGAGACAGCAGGUUCAGACUGAGAAUGAGAGACUGAAGGUGGAACUGGACAGCAUGCAGGCUGCCAACAAAUUGGAACAACGCAAAGCUCAGGAGGAGAGAAAUAACCUUGCCCAGCUGAAGGAUGCUUAUACCAAACUAUAUGAGGACUAUAAUGAGCUGAUGGAGGAGAAGAAGAAGAGAGAGGGAAGUGUGUCAAAAGAGGAGUACAGUGAGCUUCAGAGGAGACUGGCCAUGGCUGAGCAAGCUUUGGCUGAUAAGCAACAAAGAAUUGAUGACAUGAAACAGGAAAUCUUCCAGAAGGAAAAAGAACUGGAAACCAUCUCUGUGUUCCAGGCCCAGGCAGAGGUAUAUUCUUCAGACUUCUAUGCAGAGCGAGCUGCGAGGGAGAAGAUUCAUGAGGAGAAAGAACGUUUAGCGGCUCAGCUGGAGUAUGUCAAGAAACAGAAUAGCCAGUUACAGGAUGAAAUGGAGUCAUUGGGCAGGCAGUCCCUAAGAGAACUGCAGGGCCGGCAUGUGCCACGUGGAGCUAAUCCACAAGGGGGCUCUUCGCUUCACAGCAUGCAGGGAGCCAGAGAAGGCAGGGAUUGGCAGCAGCAUGUAAAUAUUCCAGAGCAUGCCUGCCCAAAGUGCAAUGAAAUCCUGCCAGAUCUGGACACCUUGCAGAUUCACAUUAUGGACUGCAUUAUCUGAAUUCUCUAAGAAACCAGACCAGGUGCUCAGGGCUUUCCUCCACACUGCGCCCUCAGCGGUCUGGUUCCACUAACCAUAAGCUUCAGAUGCAACAACCCGACAAAGCUGUACCCAAAUGAGUGUAGUACUAAGAGAUGGCUUUUAAGAAUAUUCUAAAUACGCACUAUAAUGAAUAUUGUUAAAAUUGUUUAGUUCAAUUGAAGAUAAAACUUAGUUCUAAAUUAUGAGAGAUGGAUAUAUUAGAGGAGACAGGACCUUGAGAUUUUUAAUGGUAAUAUACUUCGACUCAUACAUCUUAAGCGAUUGCUAUCCUAACUGAAACUCUGAGAUUGUGCAAUAAUGCACUCCAUUAAAAACAGAUCAUGGCCAUCUGGCUAUAUAAUUUGUGGAAUAAUAGGUGUUGGGUGGUUUAUAACGGAAAAUGAGCUAAAAAUGUCUUUAUGGUAAUGGCUAAGGACACUUUUUGUGUUGUAUUUGUUUCUAUUUUCCAAUAUUUUAUGUUGGUUUAAGCUCAGGAAGUUCUGUUAACUAAACUUUAAUGCUCACUUUUCAUCUUCUAUAGUCUACCUUUGGGUACAUUCAAAUGCUCUCCUCUUAAAAAAAAAAAAUCUGAGCUAGUAAAUUGUUUUAACACAAGAAUUGGAUGCCUCUGAUGUGAAGAACUAUUUCAUUUUGUGGUAAGCAUCUGCCAGUAUAUCCUUUUUUGCUGUUAGUUGCAAUAAUAAGGCACUUUAAUCUUUUUAUGUAAUAGUUAUACUUAUUAGAUACUCUGAUAGACAUAGUAGCCGAUGUAUUUAGCAUUAAGGUAUUGGAGAACUAUUAAUAGAGCUACUUCGCUGAAAGAAAAAGAUUGCUAAGUGAAGAAAAGCGUUAUAAGCUGUCUUUUGACAUCUUGAAGACUACUGUGUGAGUAGCAUUACCUAUAAGAAAUACUCAACCAAAUGUCUAAUAAAUUGUUUCUGAUUUGGU